GGUCCAGGACAUCAGAUCUCCGAACAUGACAGGAACUUUUCUCUUGUAGAGUGAUACCACUCUUCUCUCGUCCACACAUCGCACAUGUGAAGUUCUCGUAGCAUUAGAUCUUUCUCAUCUGAGCCGAUCUGUGGCAACGAGCGUGAUAUUAUUUUACAAGAUUUACUCGCAAUUGACUGAUUCCUAUCCCUUCUGAGAUGUUAUAGAUUUGAUUAAGAGAUGACAAUUAUAUCUAUCAUCCUUUAGAGCUCGUUCAAUUGCAAUGGAACUCAGAAGAGAAGAGGAUCGACCUCAAUUUCUAUUGGACUCCUUACCUGUUGAAUUACUGAUUAAGGUUCUCAGAGAUCAGGAUCUGCCAAUUAUCACUCUUGCGGAAUGUCGUGUGGUUUGUAAGAAAUGGAAUGCAAUCAUAGAUGGUUCGGAGUUACGGAACAAAAUCUGGAAUAAAUCUGUUCUUUUGUACUAUGAUGAAUGUAUUGACAAUUCGGCGUACUUCUGCUUUCGUGAUGGAUGGAUCACAAGAAAUAUUACACUUGGGCCCAAGCACGUGGUCGCUGCUGAUGGAGGCCUGCUGUGUUUCAAUGAACUGUUCUCAACUGAAUAUGUAAUGUAUAACCCAGUUGAGGACAAAUUCCUGACUUUGACUGUACCUCAUGAAAUCGAUAGAGUGUCUACAGUCUUCGAUGGUAUGCUUGAGUGCAUCAUGGUGGGUUUAGUUGUGGAUCAAUCAACAAAACACUUCAAGCUGGUUUUGGGAGGAGUAAUAGUCCCAGAUAGACGCAGAUCUUUGAUUUACGAUUCGAGUACCAGUAAAUGGUCGUGGAUUAUUCAUCCGUUUCCUUCAUUGUUAAACUGGAUGGAAGUAGAGUGGCACAGUGGGAGAUGUGUAGUAUGUAAUGGAUGUUUGUAUUGGCUCGUAUGGGAUCCCAGGGUCAUGAUUAAGGCUCUAUUGAUAUUUGAUCUGAGAGAAGAAACAUGGAACGUGUUGGCCGAGGAGGUCAUGGAGGACAAGCCAGGUGCCCUUCAGAUUCUUGCGUAUGAAGGAUGUGUGUGCUUACUCGCCAUGGAUUGGACUGAUGUGGAGUUUGAUGGUAGGGGCUAUGACGGCAACUUCCUCGGCCAUCCAAUGGUCCGGAGAAUGGAUGCAUCUCUGAUCAGGAGAACUAGAGAUCUAUGGGUUAUGGAGGAUGGCAGAGCUUUCAAAAUUUAUGCUUCGGGAGGCAGUGAUGUGUUCUUCGUUUUCGAGCAAGAAGGUGAAGACCUUGAGGUGGCGAAAUACUGGGCUGAAAGAGACAUGAUGUUUUUUUUACCCGAACCUCCUUUCCGCGGAGCCCAUGAGCUUCAUUUAUGGGGACGUUUGCCGCAUGCCAUCCAUGACCCUUGGUGUGUCAUAAUACCAGCGCCCGGAGUAAAUGCAGAGCAGGAGUGGAUAACACAGCAGCAGAGACAUCUAUGAUAGGAGGUGGGGGAUUCUCCGACAGAAGAGGCUGUAGUUGAAGUCCGAAGAUAAGUUAUAGGAGUCCCAGUACAAAUCAGUUCACCGAAAUGUAGGUAUUUGAUUUGCACAGAUUUUAAAAAUUAGAAAAUU